GUGAGACGAACUCCCUCCUAUGGAAACGAACGGAGUUUGAAACGCUAGCUACUAGCUACGGAGCUAAACAUGCAUUCGUAGCUAGUUAGCCAAACUAAUUAGUUUUACAUACGCAUAAGCAUUGUACAUAUAGCUGAUUAGCUGUUUAGAUAUCUGUGUGUUAUUUGAUCCUUGAAGCGCUCGCUCCGGCUGUAAGAUGAACGCCCGGGCCAGCACCAGGCUGCGGGGUUCGGUGAUUCUGGCCCUGCUGCUGGUCGCGUCGCGGCUGGACGGAGCCUCUGGUAUCCAAGAGGAGCAGAAACCGGCGCCGGAGCAGCCGCCUCAUGAGAAAGCCCCCUCAGCACAUCCUGUGGGCCCCAUUCUGAGCGAAACGGCCCCCGUCUCAGGGAACCUGGGCUUCAUCCAUGCCUUUGUGGCCUCCAUCUCCGUCAUCAUUGUGUCCGAGCUCGGCGACAAGACUUUCUUCAUUGCCGCCAUCAUGGCAAUGCGCUACAACCGACUGACCGUGCUGGCGGGGGCCAUGCUAGCACUGGCCCUCAUGACCUGUCUAUCAGUGCUGUUUGGCUACGCCACCACCAUCAUCCCUAGGAUCUACACCUACUACGUUUCCACAGCACUCUUCGCCAUCUUCGGUGUGCGCAUGCUGCGGGAGGGGCUGAAGAUGAGUCCCGAUGAGGGCCAGGAGGAGCUGGAGGAGGUGCAGGCCGAAAUCAAGAAGAAGGACGAGGAGCUGCAGCGCUCGAAGCUGAUGAACGGGGCGGUGGAUGUGGAGGCGGGGUCAGGUGCAGUCCCCCAGAGGAAGUGGCAGAGCUUCAUCUCGCCCGUCUUCAUCCAGGCGCUCACCCUCACAUUCCUCGCCGAGUGGGGUGACCGUUCGCAGCUCACCACCAUCGUCCUGGCAGCCAGAGAGGACCCAUUUGGCGUGGCAGUGGGCGGGACUCUGGGGCACUGCCUGUGCACAGGUCUGGCUGUAAUUGGAGGGAGGAUGAUCGCUCAGAAAAUUUCCGUCAGAACUGUGACCAUCAUCGGCGGCGUGGUGUUCCUGGCCUUUGCCUUCUCUGCUCUCUUCAUAAAGCCAGAUGCCGGGUUCUGAUUGGACAAAAGACUUUGGGUUUCACUUGUAAAUACAUGUACAAUUCAGCUGUUUUAUUAUAGGGGAGGUUAUGCUCUCAGGCUCGUGUGUGUGUGUAUGUGUGUGAGAGAGUGUGUCUGUGGAAGACAGGGAGUAUGUACGCGAGCAAGCAAAAACUGCCUCUGUGUGGUCUUCAUGACAUGGUAGCCACCCCUCCUCCUCAAUCUGAAUCGUGUCACUCAGAGCCAUCGGUCGCUCUUAUUGGUCCCUGUGCUGUGGGGUAGACACUUCCCCUCCCUGUACACCACUCGGAACAGGCUAAACGUUGCGGUUCCACAGCACCUCGACCACAAGCUGCGGGAAGUUUCAUAGAUGGAACAACAGCGUCAAGAUCAUUCACAGACCGGCUUUUCCAGGAAGCAACCGUGGUUGCGAUGGCCCUGACAGUGGUGUGUAUUUAUUUAACAUUAGUUCAGAGAUUGAUAUUUUUCUUAGGAUUAAGAUUGUUUUUAGAUCACGUACUGUACACAUCAGGGAUCUCCGACACUGCUGGGUUCAAGGUUACGACAUCGUCGGUAUUUGACGGGAAGUGUGCUGGUGUGCCAUUUGCUGAAUGAACAGAGACGAUUGUAAGCCCUGAUUGAUGUAAAUACUCAAUAAAGUCUG